AACAGACAACCCAUCCUCCCUACCAUGAGAGCCUUCAAGUGGAAGGAGCUCCAGUCAAACAGCUCGCAAUUCAGCCGAGAAUCCUGCUUGUGGAAGAGGCCGGAUCGUCCUCUGGUACCGCAUUCUUAUUGAACACGGCAGUGCCUUGAUUGCUCACCGCCGCUGGACUGACGGUCAGAUGGAGAAAUCCAAAAAUUUUCGUAUCGACGCGCUCCUGGCAGUCGAUCCACCGAAGGUGCAAACCUCACCUCUGGCACUAGUUACCUCUCUAUCCUCUUCUUCCAUCUCAUCGUCCGGAAGUGUGACAGCUUCAGAGCUGAAUAACAGUACAGAUUCCUUAAGGACUGAGACCCCCUCUCCGCCGAGGAUGUCGUCUUGCGGGCUGAUCCCCAAACCGGGCUUCUUGAACGCCACCCACUCCGGCAUGGUCGGAUUACACCCACAGAGCUCGUCGGGCAUCCCGGCUCAAGCUCUUUAUGGCCACCCAAUGUACACUUACUCAGCCGCUGCCCUGGGGCAGCAUCCUGCCUUAUCUUACUCUUAUCCGCACGGUUCUCAUCAUCACCACUCCAGCGAACCCAUCAAACUAACCGCAGGGACCUUUCAACUUGAUCACUGGCUGCGAGUGUCCACUGCCGGGAUGAUGCUUCCUAAAAUGCCGGAUUUUAACACUCAGGCGCAGUCUAACUUGCUUGGGAAGUGCAGGAGGCCGAGGACAGCGUUCACAAGCCAGCAACUACUGGAAUUAGAGCAUCAGUUCAAGCUGAACAAAUACCUGUCGAGGCCCAAACGGUUUGAGGUGGCAACGUCUCUCAUGCUGACGGAAACGCAGGUCAAAAUAUGGUUCCAGAACAGACGCAUGAAGUGGAAGAGAAGCAAAAAAGCCAAAGAACAAGCAGCGCAAGAUGCGGAAAAGCAGAAAGGGGGCAAGAACAACCAGGACAAGUCAGACGGCUACCAGGAGCAGACGGAUUACCAGAAAGGCGACUCGGUCAAAAGCAGUAGAAUGAGAGACUUCAGAGACAGUGACGACGACGAAGGCGAGGGCUUUCUGUACAAUUCCUCGGACUGCUCGUCAGAAGAUGAAAGAAACCACAACAGACAAAUUAGUCCGCCGCAAUGAGACAAGGAGACAGCAAGCGGGAAAAUAGUUGUACAAGGUCUUUGUUUUAUAGUUCUUUAAAGUGACGGUGCUCUUUUGAUUGUAUGUAAGUGGCAUGCAUUUAUUACCCGUAGUCCUCGUUAUGGGUUAAUUUGCAGUUUAGCUGAAAAGCUGUACAUUUCUGUUCUUGAAGAGCCGUUCUGUGCAGAAGGAAAAGGCUAUGAAUAUGAUUUCGUCAGGUAUUUUACUGUUUUUCUGUCUUCAAUCAAGCCAUUGAAUCCAGGACCUUCGGUCUCAAGUUAAAGAACGACAACAACAACAACAACAACAACAACGAACACUAGUACACCGCAUGUUUUAAAUGUACAGUCUAGGUCGAUCAUGUUUUAUUUGCUUUUUCAAGGUUUCUCCUCUGCUCGGAAUCCGUUUACAGAAGCGAAAGUCUACUGUCACGUUAACAAAGAACGACGUUUUCGGGAACAGUGUUACACAAAAUGUAAAUUCAGUUGAGACUUGAAAGGUGUUGCUUUGAAAGGUAAACACUGCUUUUAAAAGUUUUAUCAUCGAAACUGUGAUUGUUACACAUCUGUAAUAUUUAUGUCACAUUCUGUUUAUGUGCAGGAAAAAAGCUGUAACGUCUUUAUUUUUGUAUAUUGUAUAUAUAAACAUGCCUAUACGUCGUUCA